AUGGACCCCGACGCGCCCAUCGCCAACGAGCCUCAACCUUCCAUCUUUCGCUGGAUUCUGGGCUUCCUUAUGGUUGGCGCAUGCUGGGGACUUACGACACCUUUUAUGCGUAAAGCUGCAAUGAACUAUACGCCGCCCCAACGCCCUGCCCUUACCGAUCCGAACAAUUCAUGGCUCAAGAAGAAAGUGUUGGGUGUACUUUAUGCUGUGAUUGGAGUGCUGAGUCGACCGGCAUAUGCAAUACCAUUGUUGCUCAAUGUCACUGGAAGCGUGUGGUUCUUCAUAUUGAUAGGCAAGGCGGAAUUGAGUCUGACGGUGCCCAUCACCAACUCACUCGCCUUUCUGUUCACUGUGCUAGGUGAAUGGUGGGCAGAGAAAAAGGUCAUUAGUAGAGACACUUGGAUAGGCAUGGCAUUCGUGCUCGGAGGUAUCGGCUUGUGUGUACAAAGCAAGUCAUAG